GACUUCUCUUUUCAUUCAUACAACUAAGUUUUUCCACAUCCUGUUGGGAAAAAAACUUGGUUGUUUAGCUGUCGUGGUUUCCUACCUGUAGAUGUAACUUUUUCCUACUCGUUGUAGCACAGCCGCUGUAAGUAUGUUUUCCCAGUCAAACCCCGCAGCUUUCAGCGGUCUGUGUUUGCUCGCCGCCCUGUUCCUGGCUGUUUCGGCGGAGAAAGAGUUCGAGAGUCGCCCCGGGAUGAUACAGGAGAUCCGGACAGCCAUGGCAGACCUGGCCGGGGAGGGGAGGACCUACCUGGGCAGGCUGGCAGGGGAGCAGACGGUGCUGUCCGUACAGAAGGCUUUCUCUCAGGUUCUGGGUGUAGUUGCUACUAGUUUAGCCAGUGGUCUUAACGUGCUCCUACAAUAUGUCUCACAGUUCCUGCAGGCUGCUGGAAUCCAAGUUGCCUUCCCCAUCAACAGAGUGACUCCAGAGGGGCUGAUUUUUGUCGCUCAGUGGGUUCUGGUGGCUCUCAUUGGCUACUGGCUCAUCUCCCUCACUUUCCGAUUGGUUGCCUCCACCCUGAAGCGGGCCCUGUGGCUGCUGAAAGUGGGCGUGGCCUUGGUCUGUUUCGGAUUCAUCCUGAGCGACCACAGCGUGGGCACAGAAACCAUGGCCGUGCGAUUGGCUGUCCUGGUGUGUGUGUGUGUCUUAUUGGGCGUUGGGACUUCAGGGGGCUCUAACGCAGCCGAUAAGACAGCUCACCUGGAGGAGCAGGUGAAGGUCCUGGAGAGGCGGCUGAGAGAAAUGGAGAGGUGGAGGAGGACGGAGGAGUGACGGAGCCUUUAAUACCCGAUGCCAUAUCCACACAUGAUGGAACCCUGUAGGGCUUCUUGAAUUUCCUUUUUACACUUCAGAUAUUUUCCGUUUGCACACAGUGUAGUUACUCAGUCAUCCUGGAAGCAGUGAUCAGCUGGUCUGCAUGUCUUCUUGUAAAAUACUUCAACACGGACAUGGUAUCAGUCUUCCUAUUUCAACCUCAAAGGGAAAGGACCUUACCAUAUUUUUCUGAAUUAUUUCAAAAUUUCAAAACAGUUUUCUUUAACUUAACAGUAAUAAUACCUCCAGGCAGAAGGUGUAGUCUCAGUUUUAUUCAGCCUGAUACACAGAGGUUAGAUUUGAUGCAGUGCUUUGGAUCCAUUCUGAAAAAGACAAACAGUAUUAACCUAUAUUCACCAAGGGCCUGUUCCAGACAGCAGGUUUAACAAACUAACCCUGAGAUGGAAGGUGUAGAGCUCUCAGUUACUGAUCAGAGUUAGCUCAGUCAGCUGUGAGCAUGGUCCCUUAAAGUGCAAGGACUCUAGAGUGAGAGCCACAUUCAGUGUUUAAAUAUAUUUAUUCAGCUGUAACCAGAUGGAAACAAAGUGCUGCUGGCAGCAAGAGCUGAGGUCAAACAGACAAGACAGAGGUUUAUUAACAGACCUGUUGUCAUCACCUCACAGUCCACACAGAGUAAUAAUGGCUUCGAUGAUUUGCAGUUUAAAAAGGGUCAAAGUUAAAACGGGGUGUAAAUGUAGUGUAGACCUAGAAAUAUUCACAUACACUUCAUUCUGUGAUCUGAUGACAAUAAUUGGGAUGUUCAUUAACUCUGACCAAUCACAUGGGAAAUAAUUAAUCAUCAGUCUGUGUCUCACAUCAGAACGCCUUGAAGGAAUUUCUUCACAUUUCACACAAACAUCCACUUGGACUCAAGGAUGAACUGAUUAGAUUUUGGUGAUUUUGGUCAAAGGUCAGCUCCACUGUGACCUCACAAAACACAUUUUUUGCCAUAAUUCAUGAACUUAUCUGCUAACUAUGAGAAAUUCCACACAGAUGUCUAAUGGGAUAAAAUGAUGGGGGUGAUUUUAUAUCCAAAAGGUCAAAGGUCAGCUUCACUUAUAUAUCAUAAUGUUUUCUUAUUCAACACCAUAAAUUCAGGAACAGCAGGAGAGGCUGUGAUCAGAUACUGAAUCAGUGAACCUAAUCUUGGAUGCUCACCUUUCACCAAAAAAUACACAUUCCUUAAAGGUCCUCACUAUAUAAUUGAUGAUUCUGGGCAAUCAUUGGAUGUAAACUGCAACUUAACUGACAUACAACCACAAAGCAGUGAUUCUAGUUUUACGCUACAGUGAUUAAACUAACAUUCAACUGGGGUUUUGAUCUUCCCCUGCAGACCAAACCUCAAAAAACUGCAAAUGCUAUAAAUGCGCUGUUACAGUCUGUAUGACCAAGGAAAUGAAAGGUGGUGUCAGCUUCACAGAGUUAAAGUUACCACAGUAACUGAGUCUUAACCUGCUCUCUGGAACACCCACUGCCUCCAUCCACAGUGUUUUCACAGAGAGACAUUCACUGACUGUUCAAUUCAUUUCAAAUCUGACAAACAAACAAACAAAUCUUUAAUGUGUGUUUGUGCCUUACGAGCCCAUUUACCAUUUUGGGUCUGCUGGGAUGUACUGUAUAACCAUAAUAAUAAUGUAUCUGUGCCUUUGGAUGUAGUUUGUAUUCAACAUGUUCUGCCACACACACUGUCAUUGUGAAACACUUAAAGACCAACACUUUGUAUAUUUUCUGACAUGAAUGUGUGCAGCUAUAAAUGCUGUUGUGAUACUCUAAUAAAAUAAAAUGUCAUAUUUUA